GCUCGCUGUAAAACCUCUCCGCUGCCUCCGAUCGCUCGCUGCUUGCUAGUUACGUCACCCCCGCAAGCGGCUGGGAAGCAGCAACUGGAUAAAUUCCCCUCCUGAGUCUAUAUUGGGCAAGAGAAGAACCAGCAGAAAAAUAAGGAUGAAGAGUCCAUCAGCUACAGUUUGGGUCAUUUGUCUGACAUGUGCUCUUCCAGGAGUUCUCCCUGUCAAGUCAAAGGAGGACAGGCCAGACCAAGUGGUUGAAAUUUCAGCAGAUGACAUUGAAUGCUUCUCAGAUUAUAUGGCACUGUGGAUCCCUAAGAGCCAUGUCCAUGGCCUGAAGCACUGGCUGUCCAGGACCCUGCACAUGCCAGUGAACUGGGGGUCCUUGGAAUGGUUAAAUUCUUUCCUGGCCAGGUGUGGUUAUUUCCUACAUCCUGACUCAGCUGGCAAUUAUAUUUUCCAAGUACGCUACACAGCCUGCUUUGUGCAGCAGGAGGAAGCAAACUACCUACUGGAAAUCAGGAUAUUUCAAAAAGGCAUAAACCGUUUUGGCCAAAGUGAUCGUUACAUACUGAAGUGUCCAGUGAUAACUUCCAGACUGGGCCAAAAAAGCAUCCUUUGUGGACCAGACACCAUUCAGGUUUCUCGGCCCAUGCCCCAGGGAAAUGCCAGCCGACAGAGCCCCUGGCUGUUGUCUCUCCGAGGUGAGCUGGUGGCUUUGCUGGAAGACGCCAGUCUUUUGGGUUUAUAUGUAGAAGUUAAUAGCACUACCAUCACCAUCUUGGGCUCAAGACAGCAGCUUCUACAAAGGAAAGAGGUGCUGAACACAAGUGUGGAUUUUUUGUCCCUCUGGAUGGUCAGUGGAUAUUAUGCCUAUUCCCUGGAAGCGAUGUGUCCCCUGGUCUCAUCUCAGCCGGGCCCAGAAGUCUCCAUUCAAAUCCCCAAACAGGGACUGGGGCUAGUGAAAAGAGGAUUUAGAAACACAGAAGCGCUGACCCUGAGAGAUCUCAGAGUCAUCCAGUCAAACAGCUUCACGGUCACUGAAAACAGAGACUUUGUGGUGGUCAGCAUCCCGGCCAGCAGUGUGCUCCACAGCCAGCAGUGCCAGGAAGCCCAAGAAGUCCCCAGGAUGCAAUCGUUUUAUAGGGUAGACCUCAGCCUGGAGUUUGCAGAAGUAGCUCAUCCAGUCCACUGGACAGUGGAGAAUUUUUUCCAUUGUUCUGCCCUCAAAGAGCAGCCUUCAGCAUCGGGAAUGAUGGACCCUGGAUCCUUUUUGGCAGAAGUCGGCCCAUCAGUCAGCACCCAUUUAAGUCCUUACUUUGUGCCCCCUGCGGGAGAGCUGGAAUCCAACUUGCCCCCCUCAUCGGCCAUCCUGACUAUCGGGCCCUCACCUCUGCCAUCUUCUCCAGCUCUGUCACCAUCGACUCCGUCAGUGGGCGCGCAGUUAGCUUCCUCAUUCUCUCUCCCAGCAGCAGGAUCAGCUCCAUCCGAUGGCCUGCAGAAUGAGACUUGGGGGAGCUUUGCCUGGGACAGCAGGCGACCCGACGGGGCAGUGGGCUCCACCCCAAAGCCACGUCUUCGUCCGGGAAUCUUCUCCGAUACCCCCGAGGAGUCCACGAUACCUGCCAGCUCCAGGUCCCCACUUGGUUUGGGAUGCCUGAGCAAUCCCACUGCUCCUUCAAACUCAGCCAGCUCGACAACAGGAGCAAGGACUUCUGCUCUUGUUUCUUUCCAGGAGAACAGUGGAAGUCCCAGGAGUCUCCAGUCCACAACGCCAUUGCCUGGUCUCUGGCUUCAUUCUCGUGCCCCAAAUAACCAUAAAAUGAGAUCAUUAGGGGUUCUGAUGAGUGUCCCACCCGACAGAGGAUCCCCUAAGAGUAAAAAGCCCCCAGAAGCCACGGAAAAGAUCACAAAGGAUGUUUCAGAAGCUAUUGUCCCUGAACCAUCAGAUGCAGACCCGCAGGGCCCGACCUUCCUGCAGGUGUCCACUACUUUGGCCACAGGUCAGAAUGAUAGCCCAAGGAGACAUCCAGGGUCCCGAGGAACAAGUGCUCUUCUUUCCAAAAACUCUUCAGAUGGCGUCAUCCACCCUAUUUCAUCUUUAACUACCCUCUCUCCAAAGAAGAAGCAAGAACUUAUCAUGAAGUCACAGGCUUUGUCUGUGGGGAUCGGAAGGGACUCUAGCACUUCUGGUAAUCCCGGAGCAGUGAUGGAUCAGCAAGACACAGAGGACCUCACAAAGGAAGUCGUGGCCCAGUUGCCACCUUCAGUCAUGCUGCAGGAUGAGUCUCUAUCUCCUUCAGCGGCCACAGGUGCUGUCCCAGUCCCAGUAAGCUCAGGGUCUUCAGCUGGUCAGCUCUUCUCAGGGCCAGCCACAGCUCUGGCCCUGCCUCAGUUGGUCUCCUUUAGGUCUGCAAAAGGGGUACAGUUUCAAAAGGCAUUUACUACCCAAACUGACAGGUACAGAGAAACAAGACCUGGACAAGACCUGCCUCAGUUGCCAGGACAUUCUAACCAGCUCAGGAGGUUGAUGGAGGGAAGCAGGGCAGAGGCAGAUAUGAAGCUCCAGAGGGAGAGGAGCAGGAUCAGUGAUCUCCAGGAUGGUGAUCACCUGGCAAGCAAGUUCUUGGCCACCACAAUUGCUGGAGGAAAGACAGAUGCCCGUCAUGGUCACAACCGGACACGGGAAGGUCCAGGUCUCCGGGGAACGCACUUCUUCAUGUCAGAAAUCACUGAGAUGACUCAGAGAGACCCUCAAUUUCUCCAAAACAGGCCUGAGGGGGUCUUGGUUACAAAUCUGCCUCCGUCAGCAUCAGAAGAGGUGAGCUGGCCAGUCCUGCAGGCUGAGUCACAGAGUAACAGUCCUUUGUCCUGGAGAAAUGUAGCCCAUACCAACGGAGGGAGAAUCUUAAAUACUUUAUUUCCAGAAGACAUUGUAUCUGAGAGCUCUAUCACUUACCAAAAGCAGCCAAAGACCGACAGACCUGCUUCCUCUCUAGGACACGAGCUCAGAAGUCAACAGGCUUUUGGCCAAGCAGCUACCCAGCCUUUCCUCGUCCUCUCCAGAUUGCUGCCAGAGAAACAGCUGGCAGAUCCUCGGAAGAAGGCCCUGAAUGGCAUUACAGGAUCUACACUGGCAUCCUCCAAGGUGACCGGGGAGCAGCUGUCUGGGAGCUCUGAAGCUGUCAGGACCGAGGAUCCAGGGUCAUCCCCAGCUGGGACACCCAGUUUGUGGCCUUCCUGGACACUGCACCCUGGAGUGUACCUCUCACAAGCCACUGAAGUUGCUUCCCCAUCCAUUUCUGACCCAACGGAGCCUGGAGGCCCUUUCCCCACAGGCCACUAGUGUGUCAUUUACCCUCAACAAGUGCUUCUGGGAUCACAGUGGUCGUUAGUGGCAGAAUUGCUCGGAGUAUUGGAAGAGAAAUCAUGGUACAAAUAGGCCAAGUUUGCCCCAUUCAAUCAUCUCUCCCUCACCCUUCCCCACUCUGCUUCUGACCAAACUCUUGACUCAGCCAGAAGCAGCCAGAUGGAGCAGGGAAUACGACAGUGGUCAGAAAGACCUGAAUUCAAAUCCCACCUCAGACACUUCCUACCUGUGUGACCCUGGGCAAGUCAC